AUGUCAGGACUCUUCGAUACCACCAGCAAUUACUCUUUCUACGCUAUUCCAGCAGCAUGGGUAAUUGCAAUUGCACCCCAUCAAUAUGCCAUCCUCGCAAAUAAGUCCAACAAACCCUUCGACAACCGAAACCCACGCGCUUACGUCAAGUCCCUCGAAGACAACCAAGGCGUCGACAGCGCCACCAAGGAAAUGAUCUCCCGCGCCGAAGCCGCCCAAAUGAACAACUUCGAGAACCUCGGCCUCUUCGCCUCUGCCAUCGUCGCUGGAAACCUCGCCGGUCUCUCAUCUCAGACGAUGAAUUUGUUGUCGGGCGGUUACCUGGCGAGCAGGGUGGUUUAUAAUUUUGUCUAUAUCAACAAUAAUACCCAGGCAUCGGCGAAUGUCCGUUCGGCGGUUUAUGUUGCGGGCAUUGGGAUGAUUUUCACGAUGUUUAUUAAGGCGGGGAAUGCGUUGAAGGGGAGGGCUGCGAAUUUGUUGUAG